AUGUGCAACGGAACAGCAAGAUCUAGUCAUUUGGCGCCUACGCAUGAAUCAGGCGCUUCGAGAUUCGAUGGAGCUGUGCGACACAGUAUGAACAGAUGUCAACUGGCUCUGAAGGUACAGUACAUUUGCAUUUCCAAGAAUGGCUCAUGCCUCAUAGCAUAGCAUAUGCCUCUUUGCCCAUUUCUUUCCUACCGAGAAGCGGAAUUAUGGGCGCGUCAAGUCGUAUCGAUGCGAUAGAUCGCAAGGUGGCAGAGCGUAGUCAACUCUGCGAUAUGAUUGCCAGAAGCUUGAUCUACUCUUCAAUGGCUGGCAUGGCAGCGCCUUCGACUACAGGAGCAGUCUCUGGCUGAGCGCUGCUGCCGCGUGCAAGUGGAGUCUUGCUACGGCUCCGAGCGCGGUCGACCUUGGCGCGUGGAGCGAGACUUCCUGCACGGGAUGUCGGACGAGACGAAUUCUUGGCGCCGGUUCCGCGCGAGGUUGGGCGUGAUGAUGGAAGUCCACUAGAAGGUCCGCCGGAGCGCAGUGAAUCUGUAGUCGGAACGUCGGGCUCGAUGGACGUUGAGAAGCCCAUGUUAGCAGGUGGUGCCGCGAAAGUUGCUGGCAGUGUUGGAAGGUCAAUGUCCUCCUCGACAGUCUGCUUGAUGGCGAUGUCGCCAUUGGGCGGCUCGGUGACGAUAGCUUCGCUAUCCUGCUGGAUCAUAGUGUCAACGGUCGCCUUCUCGCCAUUGGUGACGAUCUUCUCAAUAGCGAUGACAGCCUCUUCUUCGGCUCCU